UCCCGGCGCGCGCAGGGCCAAGCAGAGCUGCCCGGCCGUCCGAGGGCCCUUGCGUCGGGGGCGGCGGGGAACCCCAGACACCGCCGGGCCGGGAGGGAGCUCCGCGCCAAGCGAGCCGCCGCCACCGCCUCCGCGCCGCCCCCGCGGGCUGAGGGGGGCCCGACGCGUCUUCACUCCGCCCGCCGCCAGUCCCCGCGGUCCAGCCGUCAGCUCGCCGGCUCGUCUCCCGCGCGCCAUGCAGCCACCGCCUGCCCUGCGCGCGUAGGCCCCCGCCACAGGCCAUGCUGCCCCUGCUCGCCGCGCUGCUGGCCGCCGCCUGCCCGCUGCCGCCCGCCCGCGGCGGGGCCGCGGACGCGCCGGGCCUCCUCGGGGCGCCCCUCAACGCCUCGGUCAACGCGUCGUCUGCGGACGAGCCUGCCGCCCCGCGGCUGCUGGCCUCGGCGGCGCCCGGGGCCCCCGAGCGCCCCGGCCCGGAGGAGGAGGCGGCGGCGCCGUGCAACAUCAGCGUGCAGCGACAGAUGCUGAGCUCGCUGCUCGUGCGCUGGGGCCGCCCGCGGGGCUUCCAGUGCGACCUGCUCCUCUUCUCCACCAACGCGCACGGCCGCGCCUUCUUCGCCGCCGCCUUCCACCGAGUCGGGCCGCCGCUACUUAUCGAGCACCUAGGGCUGGCGGCGGGCGGCGCGCAGCAGGACCUGCGCCUCUGCGUGGGCUGCGGCUGGGUGCGCGGCCGCCGCCCCGGCCGCCUCCGGCCCGCCGGCGCCACCGCCGGGGCGCCCACCGCGCUGCCCGCCUACCCCGCAGCCGAGUCCCCCGGGCCGCUGUGGCUGCAGGGAGAGCCGCUGCAUUUCUGCUGCCUGGACUUCAGCCUGGAGGAGCUGCAGGGCGAGCCGGGCUGGCGGCUGAACCGCAAGCCCAUCGAGUCCACGCUGGUGGCCUGCUUCAUGACCCUGGUCAUCGUCGUGUGGAGCGUGGCCGCCCUCAUCUGGCCGGUGCCCAUCAUCGCCGGCUUCCUGCCCAACGGCAUGGAGCAGCGCCGGACCACCGCCAGCGCCGCCGCCGCCGCCGCCCCCGCCGCUGUACCCGCUGGGACCACCGCCGCCGCAGCCGCAGCCGCAGCCGCUGCCGCCGCAGCCGCGGCCGUCACCUCGGGGGCGGCGACCAAGUGACCCGCCCCACUCCUCCCCUUGUCCGCCCUAUGUCCGCACUCUCGGUGCCUUUCCCGCCGGGAGACUCGGCCGGUGUGCUUCGUGCAGUAGUGACCGUUAGUUCUUCCCGGGAGGGGUCCGCGGAAGAGGCCCCAGCGUGUGGGAAAAGCCAGGUUUGUGCCGCGCUUCUGGCUCCGAAAAGCAGAUGCAAGCCGUUGCCCUGCAGGGUGAGAUCCGCAGCUUGGAAGACGGAGAGGAGGGAAAUGGGGCCCUUUCCCCUCUUUGCGUCCCCCUGCCCUCCUUCCUUCCCGCACCCACGUGCCCUAUAUUCAUGGCAGAAAAUGACCAAAUCCUGUGUAUUUGUUUUAUAUAUUUAAUAACCGUUUUAAAUGAAAGUUUUAGUAAAAAAAAAAUCAAAUUGCUAUUGCUGUAGUAAGGGAAGCUCUUUGUAUCUGAACACAGUAUUUGAAGUUUGUUGUUUUUUAAUUUAUUUAAAAGGGGGAGGAGGCAUGGGAAUGAUUUAACACUGAUAUAUUGUUACCGCUGAAAAUGAACUUUAUUAACCUUUUUCCAAGUCGAUCUAUCCAGUGACGUGGCCAGAUGGGCGUUUCUUCUUGUACUUCUGUGUUUUUUUGGCUUUUAAUACAGACAUUUUCCUCCA